CCGGGUCACAAUGGGGCUUCUCUGGGGAGGGAGGGGAUGGGUGAGAGCGGGGGCUCGGGUCUGGCUGCCAGGUCGUCCUGGGUGUAGCAGCAGCAAACAACAUGACUUAGGAGGCUCUGCCCAGAGGUGCACCAGCCAUGAUGCAGCCGCCGCGAGUGGAAACAGACACCAUCGGGGCCGGCGAGGGACCGCAGCCGGCGGUGCCCUGGUCGGCCUGGGUCACCCGGCAGGGCUGGGUGCGCUGGUGGGCAUGCCACGUGCCCCGGAGCUGGGCCCAGUGGUGGUCCACAUCUGGCUGGCGGCAGCCCCUGCAGCGUGUGCUGUGGGGUCUGGAGGGCAUACUCUACCUGCUGUUGGCACUGAUGCUAUGCCACGCACUGUUCACCACCGGCUCCCACCUGCUGGGCUCCCUGUGGCCCGUCGUGGCCGCAGUGUGGAGCCACCUGCUGCCGGCCAUCCUCUUGCUGGUGCUCAGUGCCCUGCCCGCCCUACUCUUCACGGCCUCUUUCCUGCUGCUUUUCUCCACGCUGCUGAGCCUCGUGGGCCUCAUCACCUCCAUGACCCACCCAGGCUACGCUCAGGACUUAGACCAAUAGAAGGGCAACCCCA